AUGUCUUAUUCGGUUCAACUCGAGUCACUCAAAGCAAAUGACACGGUACUUGAUGGGUCUCCUAUCUCUCCUGCGACGCACGUUUACUGCCCUGCUUGCCGCCUGGAAAUCGCAGACGCAGAAGCACUUCUCAAACACGGACACGAGAAGCAUUUUGUAUGCCGGACUUGCGAUAAGAUAUUCACCACGUCCGACAGAUAUACGAAACACAAUGAGUCCAAACACCACUACUGUCGCCCAUGCGACAAAGUGUUUCUGUCGCAAAACAAUCUUGAACAACACCGCCUUUCGUCAACCCAUGCUCCGAGGUUGAUAACGUGCCUAGAAAAUACGUGCGGCAAGAAGGUUUCAAGCUUAUCUGGCUUGAUUUCCCAUGUGGAGGGUGGCUAUUGCUCCUUGCGUAUUACGCAGAAGGACGUCGACGCAUUUAUUACUCAGUACGACGAUCAGAACGUCAUCAUGAAACCAAAACGCGAUACUGCCGAAUCCAACGGGACGAGCAACCCUUCCAAAUCCAAAUCCGCCACGGUGGAUUAUUGUCGAAAUAGCCACAACAAGCAUCACCUCCUUGAAAAAGCGUACCAUUGCCCGAUGCACAACUGCGACAUCCAAUUCAUUGCACGCAGCGCUCUUUGCGAACACAUUGAAAGGGGCUCAUGCGAAGUCAACAAACCAAGGGUACUCGAGAAAGUGUUGGAUUGCCUAGAACGUGGCAUGCAGGCAGUAGCUCUUCGAACACCAUUCCGGUCGCCGGUUCCUCCGCGCCCCGAUCCCAAGCGCAAGCCUUUCCAUCGAUCUCGCACGAAUUAUCGUCGGAGUAGGGAACCCCAGUCCAAGUACGGCGAUUCCAACUAG